UUAAAACUAAGAUGAUAUAAAUUAUAAGUCCGCAAAAAAGCCAUGGUUGUUACACUGUCACCACAAUAAAAACAAUUCUAUAAGAGUGGCAGUGUUUCAGUCGGAUGAAGAGGAACCACCUCUGUGCAUGGUGACGUUGGUUGUGAGGGUGACGAGGAACUGGCUUCAACAAGACUUUAACAUACUUCUGUGACAAGUUAUUUCACCCAACCUUUGUCCGGUUGUAUUUACGUAUGCUGCUGUAGGCAAAACCAAGCUUUAAUCGCUCCUCAAGUGACUCUCACCUUCCAGAUAAGCGAGUUGAACUUCUGAGGUUUAAGGCGAAGAGCGACUGAAGGACGACAGGAAGCGACAAACUCUCUUCAUAUCAAAUCCUCCAUGAACGGAUUAUAACUGUACAGGUUGUAAAAAGAGACAGAAAAAGCUGGGGGAUGAGAUGCCAUCUGAAAACAUUGGUCCAGUUAGCGGCUGGUCUUUUCAUAUUGGCCAGCGUCUACAUCAUGCGGAGACCACCGUCGGAAAACAAGUCAUUGACCUGGAUCUGGGACAGAGAGACUUGGCCUGAAGAGAUUGAGAGCCAUUACCUGCGUUUCAAUGUUUCCAUUAAACUUCUGGCAGGAGACCCUCAGCAGCCCAAGAAGUAUCUAACAGUUGGACUUGCGUCUGUGAAGAGGCAAAAAGGCAGUUACCUUCAGAGCACCCUUAAAUCAAUCUUCACUCAAUCCUCUGAGGAAGAACUUGCGGAAAUGGUGGUAGUCGUCCUUCUCGCCGACUUUGACCUCAACUGGGUCCAGCAGACCGUCCAGACGAUUACGGAGGAGUUCUCCCAACACCUCUCCAAAGGCCAGUUGUUGGUCAUCCACGCCCGCCAGGGGAGCUACCCUCCACUUACGGGCCUGAAGAGGAACUUCAACGACGCUCCCAAACGUGUGACCUUCCGUUCAAAGCAGAACGUUGACUACUCCUUUUUGCUCCAUUUUAGCUGCAACCUCUCCCAAUACUACAUCAUGUUGGAGGACGACGUGACCUGUUCCAGAAACUUCCUCUCGAGCAUACGCGAGCACGUUCGCUCGUUGGACGCAUCGAAGUGGGCCACGCUGGAAUUCUCCAAGCUGGGCUACAUCGGGAAACUUUACAAUUCGCGUGACCUGCCCACUUUGGCGCGCUUUCUGUAUAAUUUCUACCAGGAGAUGCCCUGCGACUUCCUGUUGACACAUUUCCGCAGCUUGUUGAUGCAAGACAAAGCCAUUCGGUUUCGUCCGUCUCUGUUUCAGCAUAUAGGCACGUACUCGUCUUUUCAAGGCACGAUCAAUCACCUGAAGGACGAGGACUUCGUUGACGAACUCGCCGAUAACCCGCCAGCAGACAUUGACACAAACAUUCUGGCUUUCUCCACCUACACGCCCGACCAGGCUUAUAACCAAGACUCUUCUUAUUUCUGGGGCACGUCCCCUAUCGGCCCAGAAAGCUACUUCCUCGUGGCCUUUCACAAGCCAGCGCUGGUCUCCCGUGUGCGAAUCCAAACGGGGCUGGAUGGGAAAGAUUCGCUCGCCUCUGCUGUAGUGGAGAUUGGGAGGACUCUGGUGAAGACGGAGUCCAAGAUGGAAUGCUCAGGGUUAGAGACGCUGGGUUCACUUCAACAAGGACAGUUCGAUAAGUCAGAUAUUGAAAAACUGGUGAACACGAACGCUUCGUGCGUACAGAUCCGAGUCACAGCCGAACAGUCGGACUGGGUCGUUAUGAAGUACUUUCAGAUCUGGACCGCUAAGGCUUACGGAUCGCAUAGUGCCGACAAAACUUAGAGAACAUCGCAACGUAAAGCGUUUUUGAUGGCACAAAUGAAUGUCUUACCCUUUCAGUCAAGAAGAUGUUAAAUAGACACAUUUGGUAAUCUGUGUGAGGAGACAAAGCCUGCCAUUACACCGCUGAAGUUCACUCACAACAACUUCAUCUGUGGAUUCAGAAUGUGCAACACUGAACAAAAGCAGGCAAACAUAGUUUACAAGUUACUACUGUAUGUUAACUAAUUAUCUUUUGCAUUGGACAGACAUUUGAAUUCAAGGUAUAAACUUUGUGUGUUCUUAAACCCAUGUCAUUGGUGUUGUAAGUAGGGCUGUCACGAUUAUUGAUGGUUUCAUCGCAAUUAUUGCACAUCUCUAUAGAAGACACUAGGGGGAGCUGUAGUGCAUCUGCAUAUUGCAUAUUUUAUUGUAUUGUAACUAAAGCAUGGUAAUACUUGUAAAAUGUACCACCACAACACAAUCACUUUAAAAAAAAAACUAAAGCAUAUACCAUAAAAAAUAACCUGCAGUACAAUCUAAUAUUAUUUCAGUGUGAAAACCAGUCUACCAAAAUCUCAUUAACAUAGAAGUAAACUUUUAUUGUAGUCUUGCAAGUGAGAAAAAAACAGACUAGAAGCUUUUCUAUGACUGAUAGCAUUUUAAUGACGGCUUCAAAUCACUCCUGAUCAAUUUACUUCAUUCACAAGUAUUUGGCAGUUGUAUUAUUGACAGGUAAAAGCCUAAACCUUAAGUUUGAUGACCCAAUUUUUUCCGAUGUAUUUCCAAGAAAAAGAACAUAGUCUUCAUAUUCAGAACAAUAUGGUCGUUUCAAAGCUGAAUAAAAAAUCUAUGAGAAUUAAAAGUCAAAGCUCUAAAAUUAAUUAAUCGUCAGCCAAAUUUCAUAAUCGUGACAGCCCUAGUUGUAAGUUAUAUUCUUUACCAGUCAAGUUACAGGAACCCUUUGAAAAAACGGUUUAGAGUCACUUGACUGAAAUGUUUUUUUUUUUAUAUCUUAAAAACACUUUGCUCUGAAGGUACAUCUCUGAAUGUUUAAAAUGAGUUAUUUGAAAAAACAUAUUAGUUUAUUUCAUUACAAAACAAAAAAUUCUAUAAAAAUGUAAACUGUAUUUAUUUUAAAAUACUUUUUUUUAAUGAAAAAAUCAUUUUAAUUUUAUUUUUAAAUGAAUGUUAUCUAUUUUAUGAGAGUCUACUAUUAUUCCAAAAUGUGGAAAAAAAUAUAAAAAGAAUAAGUAAAUGAUCCUAACUUUUGAAUGGUGUGUGUUUGAAUGAGUGUACAGUAUGUUUAUACAAAACCCUUGACCAACAGAGGAUAAAAAAGCUUAUCUGGGAUUUAUAAGCACAUUGGAACACACAAUUAAAAGGUGUCUAUUAUGGCUGUCAAUGGAUAAAAACAUUAGGGCCCGGUUUCACAGUCAAGGCUUAAGGCUAGUUCCAGACUAAAAUGAAUGUGUGACCUGUUUUAACUGAAUAUAAGUUGCUCAGAAAUAUCUUAAAAUAUAUCAGUGCCGCACUGAUCGAGAUGCACACCAGUAAUGUCUUCUUCUAAGGUAUUUUUAUAAAAGCGACAUAAAUAUCUUAAUUCAACUAAGGCAUAGUCCUGGCUUAAGCUAUACCGUGUCUGUGAAACCGGGCCUAGGUAUAUAGUUUGACAAGGUGGAUUAUCUGUCAUAGCAAUAUGUGGUUGACUAACUACGAAAGACAUUACUUUUUUAAUUAAGAAUUUAUAGGAGAGGGAAAUUAUAAAUUUGCGACGCACUUUUUAUAUAAAUGAACCUAAAACUGACUGUCCUAGUGUCAACUAAAUGUCAGAACUUGACCGGUUUUAUGUAACAGGGCAGGGUGUGUAAGAGCGAAAAAAAGCAGUAAAAGAUUUUGCAAAAAGGUAAUGAAGGAAGAGGGAAACAUUUUAGAGUCUUGAAAAUUAAAUGCAAUUUGGAAAAUGACAGAAAAGUGUAUUUUUAAUUUCAAGUCUUCGAAAAGGGCGACCAUUUGAAAGGAACUUGGCGCCCCCUAGGGGUAAAGCGCUCAAAGUGCAGUUCUCUGUAAAUUGUCGAUACAGCACUUGCUCACAAGAACAAUAUAUAAUUUUUCUUUAAUUUUAUUUUAUUUUAAGGAUAGGAACUUAUAUGUUGUGAUGUGCACUGUAUAUUCGUUUCAAAGGUUUAUGUUUGCAUUCACUGUUGCAAACUGUUCAUAGUAGAUGUUUAUUUACCAAAGCGACUUGAGGUUUAUUUAAAUAUCAUUUUGAAUCAUGUGCAUGUAAACCAACUUAGAAUGCUAAUACAGUAUAUAUAUUUAUAUAUUACAUCACUUUAAAUCAUUGCAUACUGCCUCUAAAGUGUUAAUUUUUUUUUGUUUACAUUAUGCCCCGGUUUCACAGUCAAGGUUUAAGGCUAGUCCCAGACUAAAAUGAAUGUGUGACCUGUCUUAACUGAUUAUAACUUGCACAGAAAUAUCUUAAAAUAUGUCAGUGCCGUUGUUUUGUCUCGAGAUGCACACCAGUAAUGUUUUCUUCUGAGGCAUUUUUAUAAAAGCGACAUAAAUAUCUUGAUUUAACUAAGGCAUAGUCCUGGCUUAAGCUAAGCCGUGUCUGUGAAACCGGGCCUUUAAGUUUAACUUUAAAUUUAUCAUUUUUAUACCAGUUUGUUUUUUUGUGAUCUUAACCUGUGAUGUUUACUUGAUCGCUUCAGUUGUUUUAUGUAAACCUAGCCAUUGCACUAGCAGUAAAAUAACUGUGCACCUGCAACCUGCUGGAUCUCUUUAAUAACUUCCCAGCCCCAUCUGACACCCUAAAGUCUUGUCUUUGUGUUCAUGUUAGUGCUGCACUCCUAUAGGCUGGUCACCCUCUGCUGGCCUGCACAGGGUUUGGUCACUUGUAAUAAAAAAUAGGCAAGGGUCAUAUAUCCUUAUGACCUAGUUUUUCUGAAGCAACCCGAGUGUAUCAUGUUGCCCUCCAGCCAGAACUUUCAUGUCCCCAGCUCAACGUGACCAGGCCCACUUGUUGGUGAGUUUCGGCGAAUGUAACCGAUUGCACAACCAUACAUUAUGUCUGCAGUGCACCUCACCACAGAGAAUGUUUCUGAGUAUAUAUAUAUAUAUAUAUAUUUAUACUCGUCUGACCCUGUGAUAGUGAACUAAACAUACAGACAUGCUUCAGUUACAAUUUAAUGGAGUCAAGGGCCAGACCCACAGCUCACCCCGUUCUUAAAAAAUAUUUUUCCCAUCAUGAUGCAUUGCUGAAUCCACCUCAAAAAUGUAAUUGAAAGUUAAUUUCAGGGCAUUUGUACAUUUUACAUUGUUUUUUUAAUUGGUGGCAUGUAGUUGUUUGUGUAAUUGAAGAGUUGUACCUAUAACUGAGAGUGGUUUCGAUGUAUACCUUAAUUCCUUUUAAAACGUACAAUAAAGGGUUAUGUAUUAAAGGGU